CCGCCCAUCCCGCCGCCCCCGCCGCCGGUGAUGCCCGGCCCGUUCUUCAUGCCGUCGGACCGCUCGACGGAGCGCUGCGAGACCGUCCUGGAAGGCGAGACCAUCUCGUGCUUCGUGGUGGGCGGCGAGAAGCGGCUCUGCCUGCCCCAGAUCCUCAACUCGGUCCUGCGCGACUUCUCGCUACAGCAGAUCAACGCCGUCUGCGACGAGCUUCACGUCUACUGCUCCCGCUGCACCGCCGACCAGCUGGAAAUCCUCAAAGUCAUGGGCAUCCUGCCCUUCUCGGCGCCCUCCUGCGGCCUCAUCACCAAGACCGACGCCGAGCGCCUCUGCAACGCCUUACUCUACGGUGGCGCCUUCCCUCCCGGCCGUUGCAAGAAGGAGCUGGCCGGCGCUGGCGGCGGCGCGCUGGAACUGGAGCUGGAGCUGACCGAGCGGAGCUUCAAAGUCUACCACGAGUGCUUUGGCAAGUGUAAGGGCCUCCUGGUGCCCGAGCUCUACAGCAACCCCAGCGCCCCCUGCAUCCAGUGCCUCGACUGCCGGCUCAUGUACCCGCCGCACAAGUUUGUCAUCCAUUCGCACAAAGCCCUGGAGAACCGAACUUGCCACUGGGGCUUCGACUCUGCCAACUGGCGAGCGUACAUCCUCCUUAGCCAGGAUUAUGCCGGCAAGGAGGAGAAAGCCAGGCUGAGCCAGUGCCUGGACGAGAUGAAGGAGAAGUUUGACUACAGCCAUCGGUACAAGAGGAAGGCGCCCAGGGUCCCAUCCGAUCCUCCUGUCCCCAAGAAACCCAAAGUAGAUGAUGCCCUACAGUCUCCCCUACUUGGCGAUAAAGAGAAACAGUCCAGCUGGUUACGAUCCUUGUCUAAUUCAUCCAAUAAGAACAUCGGGUGCCUCCAUCCCCGGCAGCGUCUUUCAGCGUUCCGGCCCUGGUCCCCCGCCGUUUCAGCCAAUGAGAAGGAUGUCUCCAACCACAUCCCCACGUUGAUCAGAGACAGUUUCUAUUCGUACAAAAGUUUUGAGAAUGCCGUCGCUCCCAACGUGGCGUUGGCCCCCCCUCCUCAGCCAAAGAUCGUGAGCCACCCACUGUGCGCCCCAGCCGCCUUGCGGAGCAGCGAGCCCCUGAGCAGCCCUCCCCAGCUAAGGAAAAGGAAACACGUCUCCGAAAAUCCAGCCGUCCCCGAACCGCCGCCCACCGCCGCCGCCGUGCCCGCCACCACCGCUCCCGCCCCUGCCACAGAAGAAGACAAGGAAUCCGAAGCAGAAAUAGAAGUGGAAACACGAGAAGAAUUCACUUCCUCCCUUUCCUCGCUCUCCUCCCCGUCCUUCACCUCUUCGAGUUCAGCCAAGGACAUGAAUUCCCCCAGCAUGCAAGUCCAGCCUGCCGCCAGCAACGUGUUUGAAGCGUCAAGUCACGCCGAGCCUCAGAAUGGCCCCAACGGGCUGGAAGCCGAGCUGGAGCAUCUGAGGCAGGCCUUGGAUGGUGGUCUGGACACAAAAGAAGCCAAAGAGAAAUUCCUCCAUGAAGUCGUGAAGAUGAGGGUGAAGCAGGAAGAAAAACUCAACGCUGCCUUGCAGGCCAAACGCAGUCUCCACCAGGAGCUCGAGUUCCUACGCGUGGCCAAGAAGGAGAAGCUGAGGGAGGCGACGGAAGCCAAGCGCAACCUGAGGAAGGAGAUUGAGCGCCUCCGCGCGGAGAAUGAGAAGAAAAUGAGAGAGGCCAACGAGUCCCGGAUACGCCUCAAGCGGGAACUGGAGCAGGCCCGACAGGUCCGGGUGUGCGACAAGGGGUGUGAAGCCGGCCGUCUGCGAGCCAAAUACUCAGCCCAGAUCGAAGAUCUGCAGGUGAAGCUGCAACACGCAGAGGCGGAUCGAGAACAGCUGCGCGCCGACCUAUUGCACGAGCGUGAAGCGCGAGAGAACUUGGAAAAAGCCGUCAAGGAACUUCAAGAGCAACUCUGGUCAAAGCAUAACGACCUGUCCACCAGCGCACACCCCCCCAACGACCCAGAGAACUAAGGGCCGGGCUGAAGACCAAGGGAGUAAUGCGCUCUUGCCUGUGGGCCAGGUUGCCGAUGCGUGCGUAGUAAGCGAGAAUGUGUGGGAAGAGGCACUCCCCGCCCCUGCAUGUGGCUAAACAUGGAUUUUGUUAUUAAUUGGAGGGCAAAUGUUACUCUUUAUAACAAAAGCACUGAAUUCUGCCUCUUUUUUAAUCCGUAUAGCACAACAUUUUCCUGUGCCUAUAACGUGAAAAGUGUUUAUAAAUCUAAACUACUCUUUUGAGUCUGCAGCAAAAAAAAAAAAAAAA